UCCUAGCAUGUUUUAACCACUUGGAACUCACAGCUAUCUUUACAGAUCUGCUCUCUUCCUUCUACCAUGGCUUUCUCAGUCGUCUCAGCUACCUUCAUCACCAUGCCAAAGGCCAACCUUCAACUCCCCAUUUACAAGCCAAAACAGCACCGAAAAAAUAUCAUCAUAAAUUGUGAUAAACAUAUUCGACCGCCGGUGAAGGGAGGAGGCGGCGGACAAACCAACGGUGAGAAAAAGAAGAAGAUUACUUCAGACAGCGGGAGAAUCUCGAACGCUCCUCCUGCUUUGAAGGAAACUCAAGAGAAAAGCAAACCAAAACAUCAUGAAGGUUCUUCAGAGAAAUCUGUGAAUUUAUUGCUUGAUCAAGCAAAAGAUCAGACUUCUGCAGACAAAUAAAAUGCUUCGUAUUAAGUUACGUUACUACAUAUCUCAUAGGGCUUGGAGUUCUGUUAAGUUGAUGACCAUGCAUGCUGCGUCUUGGAGUCUUUUUGCAGUGAGUCGAGUGUUGGAGUGUGUGUGUUUUUAAGAAGAAUAAAUGCAAGUAUAUUGCAGAAAAGAAUAAAAUUUGGAUGUGUGAUGUGAUCUGUUUCUCUCUCUCUCCAUUUCUGUUGUUAGUCCUUAUAUUUGGAAAUGUGAUUAUCGAAUCUUGUAUUAUAUAAAAUUAAUUGUGUAUUAUUCUUAUUUAACGUGAGAGUUUUUAGUUUUCAA